GCUUGUAUCAGCAUUGCAACGAUAAUUAGCGAUAAUUAACAUCCAAAAUAAUAAGAAUAUUUUCAAAAUAAAUCGUUAUUCGUCGCUUUCGCGAUUUCGUCUCUAGAAAUUUCCUUUUCAACUGAAGAGAUAUCCUUUUAGAUUUUUAUUACUCGGAGUAAUCGUCACAAUAAUUCAGCUCCAACGUGAUUCGGCGGUUGGUGUCACUUUCUCGAUAUGCUUGCAAUCGAAGGGAAGGUUAAGGUUAAAACCGACUGAUUGAAAUUCGCCGCGAAAUCGUCCGUCUGUGACUCAUCCGUGCUCCGUCUUCUUCAAGGAAUCAUGGAUCCCGGCGUUCUGUCACGGCUGAUUCCGCAGAGCAAGGAGCAGGUGAGACCAGCCUGCAAGAAAUGCGGCUACGCCGGGCACUUAACCUAUCAGUGUCGCAAUUUCAUCAAGAUCGACCCCAACAAGGAGAUCGUGCUGGACGUGAGUAGCACGAGUUCGGACAGCGACGAGAAUUACGUCACCCCGUUGACGGAGCUGCGGGAGCGCGAGUUGCGGAAGAAGCUGCAGGUGGCGAAGAAAAAACGGCGGGAAAAGAAAGCUAGGAAGAAGCAUAAGAAAAAACGCGAGAGCUCGGACAGCGAGUCCUCGUCGUCGUCCUCGUCCUCGUCAUCGUCCAGCGAGGAAGACAAGAAGCACAAGAAGGGAAAGAAGAGGAAGAAGAACUCGAAAAGCAAGAAACACAAGAAGCACAAGCGGCACGACGAUGACGAUUCGUCUGAUGGGAGCGAGGCAAAAGGUGAUAGGGGGAAAAAAUGAAUUGUUCAUAAGGAUUCCCGAUUCGUUUCCAGUUCCUUCUAUCAAUGAAUAUUGAAUGAUACGUGACAGUGGUGUUUUUUUAAUCGUGUUAUAAUUCGCGCCCAUUUUUCUCGUCUAAGGAAUUGCCACCUUAUUGUGUCCGCUGAUACUUGAACUGACUUGAACUGUAAAUAGGAACAUACAUUUUUUUCUACUUGUAUAAAGAGUGACAUUUGUAAUAAAGAGUUGCAGUCUACAAAAACUGCUAAGGUUUUACGAAAGGAAU